CGGUGCAUUUGACCUUGUCGAACACAUUUGUUCACCACAUGGCAAAAGCCUACAUCCAUUUCCAUAUCUUUCUCUUGUUUUCCUUUUCUCAUCCCAGACGCCUCUACCUGCUUCAGCUUCCUGAGAGCCUGGCCGAGGGCCAGCUGGCCAGCAGCCAGUGACUUGACCCAGACUCCCCGAUAGAAGCCUCUGGCCGAUGUCACAUAUGCCUUGUCUUCUGGUUCCUCCUGCAGAUGAAAACGAAUGCCUCAGCGCUCACAUCUGCGGAGGAGCCUCCUGUCACAACACCCUGGGGAGCUACAAGUGCAUGUGUCCCACCGGCUUCCAGUACGAGCAGUUCAGCGGAGGAUGCCAGGACAUCAACGAAUGUGGCUCUUCCCAGGCUCCCUGCAGCUACGGCUGUUCCAACACUGAGGGCGGCUACCUGUGUGGCUGCCCACCAGGUUACUUCCGGAUCGGCCAAGGGCACUGUGUAUCUGGAAUGGGCAUGGGCCGAGGAGGCCCAGAGCCACCUGCCAGCGGAGAAAUGGAUGACAAUUCCCUCUCCCCAGAGGCUUGUUAUGAAUGUAAGAUCAACGGUUACCCAAAACGGGGCAGGAAACGGAGAAGCGCCAAUGAAACAGAUGCCUCCCACAUCGAGGAUCAGCCAGAGAAAGAAGCCAAUGUGAGUCUUGCCAGUUGGGACGCUGAGAAGAUAGCCAUGUUCGCGUUCAAUAUUUCCCACAUCAGCAACAAGGUCCGAAUCCUAGAACUCCUUCCGGCUCUUACAACGCUAACGAAUCACAACAGAUACUUGAUUGAAUCUGGGAAUGAAAAUGGCUUCUUUAAAAUCAACCAAAAGGAAGGGAUCAGCUACCUCCACUUCACGAAGAAGAAGCCAGUGGCUGGAACCUAUUCAUUACAAAUCAGCAGCACUCCACUUUAUAAGAAGAAAGAACUGAACCAGCUAGAAGACAAAUAUGACAAAGACUACCUCAGUGGUGAACUGGGUGAUAAUCUGAAGAUGAAAAUUCAGAUUUUGCUUCAUUAAUUCACCAUCCAGAGACCCAAUAAUUAAAAACCAAAGAUAGAUAGGUAGAACUGAAUUUUCCCCCAAGUCAGAAUUUUAUAUCAUAGGUACAAUCUUUCACCACAUCAAUUUCUAUAAAUAAGCACUAUUCUUGUAUUACCAAAGCAAGGUACAGGAGACUACCCUAGUUCAAAACAACCACUUUCUCAGGCUUCUCGUGUGUGUAGCGAAGCUACCUUGACAUAUGUGUUGAUUCUUGAAAACUGGGAUGUGUAUUUCCACCGGGAGCUGGCCAUCCACGCUCACGUGCCAUCCUUCUAGCAGACAUACGGGAAUGUGCUUUCAAUUGUUGGACUUCUAUUUUUUUUUCAGACUUUAAAACUUCGCUUCUCCAAAUAAAAGUACUAGGUUGGCCAUUUCUAAUAUCUACUUGGUGCUAGUAAAUUCUCAAACUAGAUUCAUAAAUGCACUGUAAUAUUUACACAACUUAGAAACCAAAUUCCAACUAUUCAGCUCAAAUACUUCAUUCAUUUCAAUCAACCAAAGUUAGUUCAGUAGCUUAUCUCAGUUAUGAGUAUAAUACAUUACAUGUAAAUUAAGUGUGUGUAUACUGUAAUCGUGCUAUUUUUAUCAUUGAAACAUUUAUAAACUAGAAUAAUAAUACCCUUAACGUGAGGGUUUGUAAUGGUGCUUAUUAAGACCAAAGACUUGUUAAAUGUGUACACCAAGUGGUAUUGAAAUUUCUGUGACUGGCCCGCACGUGCAUGGAGGUCUGGGAGGACCAAGAAACAGCCUCAGCAGCCAGAACGUCACCAGUGCAUCCUUCAUCACCCCUGUGCCAUCUGCCAAGAUGGCCCUUGGUCAUUCAUGUCCACAAGGGCUCCAUGUCAUAAAUGUCACAAUAAAACAGUCUCUUCUUUUUUUUAGUGUA